AAAAAAUCGGAGCUAAUACAAACCUGAGAAGAAGAAGUCACCCUGGCUACAGCAUUAGCAGUUUCGGUUCAAUUUUGUUACAGUAAAUAGAAAUUUAUUCACGAUUAAAUUUCCACGACACAGUGUCAGAUAUGAAAUUGUAUUGUUUGUCUGGUCACCCGACAUUGCCUUGCAAUGUUCUCAAGUUUAAAUGCACCACCAUCAUGCUGGACUGCGGGCUGGACACCACGUCAGCUCUGUAUUUCCUUCCACUGCCUCUGGUGCACAGUCCAAGACUGUCCAAACUCCCAGGAUGGGUCUCCAAUGAUGGAACAGUGAACCUUGAGAAAGAGCUGAAAGAGUGCGCCGGUCGUGUAUUCGUGGACUCGGAGCCAGAGUUUUGUCUUCCUGAGCGAGAUCUGCUAGACCUGUCGACUAUUGACGUCAUCCUGAUCUCUAACUACCACUGCAUGAUGGCUUUGCCUUACAUCACCGAGCACACUGGCUUCUCAGGCACCGUCUACGCCACUGAGCCCACUUUCCAGAUCGGCAGACUGCUGAUGGAGGAGCUGGUUAAUUUCAUGGAAAGGGUUCCAAAGGCUCAGACUGCCACCUGCUGGAAGAACAAGGAAAUACAAAGGUUGCUGCCUGGGCCUUUGAAAGAUGCAGUGGAAGUGUGGUCAUGGAAGAAGUGUUACAGCAUGCAGGAAGUAAACUCUGCUCUCAGUAAAGUGCAGCUUGUGGGCUACUCGCAGAAAGUGGAGUUGUUCGGUGCAGUCCAGGUCACCCCGCUGAGCUCAGGCUAUUCCCUGGGCAGCUCGAACUGGAUCAUCCAGUCUCACUACGAGAAAGUGUCCUAUGUCUCCGGCUCGUCCUUGCUCACCACACACCCCCAGCCGAUGGACCAGAGCUCUCUAAAGAACAGUGACGUUUUGAUCUUAACCGGCCUGACCCAGAUCCCAACGGCCAACCCUGACGGCAUGCUGGGAGAAUUCUGCAGCAACCUCGCCAUGACAAUCCGAGCUGGAGGGAACGUUUUGGUGCCGUGUUACUCCUCUGGUGUGAUUUACGACCUGCUGGAGUGCCUCUACCAGUUCAUGGAUUCUGCUAAUCUAGGAAGCACACCCUUUUAUUUUAUCUCACCUGUGGCCAACAGCUCACUGGAGUUCUCCCAGAUAUUUUCAGAGUGGCUGUGUCAAACUAAGCAGUCCAAGGCUUACCUUCCUGAACCUCCUUUCCCACAUGCUGAGCUGAUUCAGACCAACAAGCUGAAGCAUUACCCGAGCAUCCACGGCGAGUUCAGCAGCGACUUCAAACAGCCAUGUGUGGUGUUCACGGGACAUCCAUCACUGCGGUUCGGGGAUGUAGUGCACUUUAUGGAGCUGUGGGGCAAAUCCAGUCUCAACACCAUUAUCUUCACAGAGCCUGAUUUCUCCUACCUGGACGCUUUGGCUCCAUACCAGCCCCUGGCCAUGAAGUGUGUGUACUGCCCCAUCGACACACGCCUCAACUUCCACCAAGUUUCCAAACUUCUGAAGGAGGUUCAGCCACUUCACGUGGUGUGUCCAGAGCAGUACACUCAGCCUCCUGCGUCUCAGUCUCACCGGUCUGAUCUGAUGUUGGAGUUGCAGCCUCCUCCUCUGCCCUACAGCCGGUGCUCCGUUCUCAACCUGCCCUUCCACCGCACAUACGAACGUGUCCACCUUAUGCCCGAGCUUGCCAAAAGUCUCAUACCCUCCGAGAUUAAACCUGGCAUCUCUGUGGCAAACGUGUCAGCAGUUCUGCAAUCCAAGGACAACAAGCAUCUCCUCCAGCUAGUGCCCAAGCCUGUUCCUGUGGCUCCCACUAAGAAGAGAAAGAGGCUGAUGGAGGAGGUUCCUGAGCUGUCAUGCCCGAAGCCUUUGCUGAGCGGAGCUGUGCCCCUGGAGACUUUCCUCGCCUCACUACACAAGAGCGGAAUCACAGAGGUGAAAGUGGAGGAGACGCCAGACGGUCACAUCUUGCACCUGCAGGCCGAGGACGCUCUCAUCCAGCUGGAGGACGACGCAACCCACAUCGUGUGUGACAACAACGAGCCACUGCGCACUGCACUCAGGGACCUUGUGCUCCGCUUCCUCCAGAAGCUCUGACCUCUGACCUGUAAAGUCUGGACUGUUGACCACAAUGUGGCCGCACACAGCGUGGUGAUGAUCCAGUGGAUCAGUAGCGUUAGGCAGCAAGGCCACUGAGGUUAUUCGUGGUUUAGGUAUUAACAGAAUCUUAUUGUAAAGAUGAGAUGGCUGUAUCUCAGGGGAGGAAAUUCUUACUGGUGAACGCGGUUUUUCGCUGGUUUAAGAUGUUCCUGGGCCAGCACUAAUGACAUCCGCUUGUCUCUUAACCCUCCUACUCAUGGGCCACGUACUUCAUCGUGUCCUAAGAACAAUAUUGUGUAGCUCUGUGUCAGAUGGCUAUAAAACAAACUAGUAAGAGUUUUAUUUUUUUUUAAAGAAAACAAUAUACAAAUAAGGUGCAUCUUGAGUGAUAUUGAAUAAAUCAAGAAUUUUGUUAUUAACUGUAAUGCAGAGCUACACAGUAGUUUAUGUAUAGAAAAUGGCACAUUUUGGUGUCUGUUCAUUUUAUAUAACCAUGAUAGACUUAAAAUGGAGGACCAAAAGCAUUCAGUACACCUUUAUGCACAACACAUUUACAUCCUCUGUAAAUAAAGUUAUGCAUAUGUUGAGCUCUAAA